AUGGGAAAACAAUGUAUUGAGAUAUCUGAUGAGAUCAGGCAGGAUAUUUUUAAUGCUUUCACGGGUUUAGGGGACCUAGCAAAGCAAAGAGAAUUUUUAGUCCGACACGUUAAAGUUCUUCCUAAAAAAAGAUCAACUACUAUCAACAGUGACUCACGUAGAAAAAAUUCCAGAUUAUACGUUUUAACAGCAAAUAACAACCAAAUCAUGGUGUGCAAAAAAUUUUUCUUUAAUACACUGAGUAUUCCCGAACGAGCAUUCCGUGCAGCAUUCUCAAAAAUUACUGCAACAGGUACAAUAGAAAAGAAAAUGAGAGGUGGCAGGCAGAGAAGUGUUGCAAUUAAAAACAAGAAAAGAGAAAAUAGAAAAGAAAUCGAGGCCCACAUCGACCGAUACCCUCGCGUAAGAACAAGAAUCCAAAAAAACACAAAUAUUCCAAGUUUCACUACUUAUCGAAGAAUUUUCAAGGCGAAGAAUCUGUCGUUUUUAAGGCCAAAGAAAGAUCAGUGCUCACUUUGCUUAUCCUUCAGAGAGGGAGGCGUUUCUAUUAAAGAAGAUUUAAAAGAUAAAUACGAGAAACACAUUUUAGAGAAACAACUAGUGAGACAGAAAAAAAGUGAAAGUAAAGAAAAGGCAAAGACUAAUUCAGAUAUCCUUUGUGCAGUUUUUGAUCUUCAACAGGUGAUUUACUUACCUAUUUCAAAGGAGUCUGCAAUAUUCUAUAAGUCAAGGAUGUCAGUUUUUAAUUUCACUUUUUACAAUGUAGCCACCAGAGAAUGUUACUGCUUUGUCUGGGACGAAACAAACGGGAAACGUGGCUCGACUGAAAUUGCAACUUGUUUAUUCAAAGCAAUUGGCCAAUACGUCGGAAAAGGAGUACAUACCAUAGAACUCUUCUGUGAUGGGUGUUACGGCCAGAACAAAAAUUCGGUUGUAGCAUCCAUAUUGCUGUAUUCGUUGGCAAAAUACAACACAAUUAAAGAUAUUAGUUUAAAAUUUUUCGAAACCAAUCACGUACAAAACGAAGGUGAUAGCGCCCACAGUGCUAUUGGUUACGCGCUUGCACAUUCUGGUGACCUCUUUGUACCAUCACAACUAUACCCAGUCAUUCGAGGUGCAAGAACACAACCUAAGCCCCACUCACCUCAACGUGUAGCAGUGCUAGAUCAAAUUGUGGGAAGAAAAAUGCCGCGUUCUGUUCCUACGCGCUGGAAUUUCCAAAUUCGUUCAGUUAAUGUUGUGCAUGAAUAUAGAGACUCAAUCAUUGAAUGCAUGGAACAACUUGAAGAAGAGGCUAACGUAUUGACUUAUAAGCAAGCUUCAGGAAUUCGACGUAUGUUACAAGACCCAAAUUUUUGUUUUUGGUUAACGUUCUUUCAUCAUAUUAUGCCACAUGUGGAUAUUUUAUUUAAUCAACUUCAAAAAAGAAUAAUGGAUCCGACAGCAGCUCAAACAGUCACAGCAACGUUUGAACAAAAUAUUAAUGUUAUCCGAAAUAAAAUAGACUCCAUUGUAGAAGAAGCUUCGAAUUUUGAAAUUGCUCCAACCGUCGCAAAAAGGAAACGCCCUAAUGAAAACAAAUCAGAUCAUCGCAUUGCUUGUUUAGAGGUAUGUGACGUAAUUAUAAGCAACGAAAAGGAACGUUUUGCCUUCACAGGCCACUUGGUAGCCGCAUCACUUUUGAUUUCGGAAAAAUUUGUGGAAUAUCAUAACAAAUUUCCGGACCAAGAGUUAGACUUAACUUGUACUUCAUAUAAAGUUUUAAAUAAAAUUCGACUCAAAACGGAACUUUCUGUGAUAUAUUCCAAUUGUGAAUGUAGAGAUUUACGUGGUGCAGUACCAUUACUUAAAAUUAUAAUUUCAAAUAACCUGGAAGAAACAAUGGGGGAAACUAAGAAGCUAUUACAAAUUCUUGUGACAACUCCAAUGACUACUGCUGAAGCGGAACGUAGUUUUUCGACAUUAAAGCGGAUCAAAACGUUUUUAAGAAAUUCAAUGUGUAAAGAUCGAUUGACGGCUCUUUCGAUGUUAUCCAUUGAAAAAAAAUGUAUCGCAUCAAUACAAAACUUUAACGAAAAAAUCGAAUACAAACUUGAAUGCAUUAUGGCAGGCCAAACUGGCACGCAUAAUAUUUGUGUUUGCAAAAUGCAUCAAAAUGUAUCCUUAAAAAUACAUGGAAUCCAGCGAGAACUACAAAAAUAUAAGAUUACUUUUAAUACAUCAAUGGGCGACUUUAUUAAGCAAUCCGUGUGCGAACUUCCAAAGCCGGGUUGUUUUUUAUAUGAUUGCGAAGAAUGUCCUGGCACAGCAGCUAUCAUGAAGAAAGUGGAGGAAAUAUUGACUGAAAAUAACGUCACUCAAGUGACAUUUAGUCAAUGGAUCAACACUGACCGGUGCGAUAUUGUGCAGAUAUCAGAAAAAACAGAAAAGUUUUUAGAGGCGCUUGGUAACGACUUGUCUUUAGUUUUAAAACACAAGGAGCCUAUUUCGUUGAAAAGAAAAGUGCAGUCUGUAAUUUGA